UCCUAUAUGCGCGCAAGCGGUUGCGUCCCAAGACUUCAGAUAGAGGAUGGUGGAACAAGUGCCAUUGAUUUGGGCACGGUACACCCAGGCAGCAAGUCCGUGGCUACAAUUAAUGUACUGAACAGAAGCUUCUGCAAAGUUCCAGUCGCUAUCGUACUGUCUUCGUCCACCCGCUUCCUACACUGUCUUCAAUUUGUGGGCGGAGAGCGACGGAUACAGAAAGUCCUUCCAGCCGGUGGGUGUGAGAAACUCGAAAUCGACUGCCAGUUGCUUUCGAAAGAUAUAGACAGUGAGAAUGCGAAGAUCUGUGAUGUUUUAGGCAGAUUAGAGAUUGAUCUGGAUGGACCUGGAUAUGUUCAACUAGCAUGCCGGGACCUGAAGAUUACUGCGGGCGUUGUAAAACUGAGUGUCAUAGGCGAUGUGAAGGAGGUGAACAUGGAGCGGAGCAGUGAGAAGAGUCUCGCGCUGUACAACGGUGGCACGCUCGCCGUCGUCGCCGAGUGCAGUGUGUCCACAGCGGCAGACGCCUUCAGCGUCGACUGCUCGCGCUUCAGGUUGGCGCCGGGAGAGACACACAGCAUCACGCUGACCUGUAGCGAGCCCGGAGCGUCGGCUAGAGGGAUGCUGUGCAUCACGACGCAGCCCGCGCAGGCGGACAAGAUUCUCGUCGAGCUCGUUGCCAAGGCGACGACGAAGCUGCUCUGCAACCGCUCCUUCGUCUUCUGGGGCGGCCAGUGGCUGGGCGAGGACGCGCAGCGGGUCGUCACCUUUAGGAACCCGUCGUCGACUCAACCGUUCUCCUUCACAGCAGAGCUGAAGCUUCGCGCGAGCUGCUUUAAGAUUCAGUUGAAGGAUGGAGCCGUCGUCUCUCGGCAGCACAUUGUGGUGCCACCUGGUGGCGAUUCCAUUAACGGUCAUAUUCUCGCCCGAUGGAAAAUACGUCGUAUAGAAGCAAACUAUACAUCACAGACGACAGCAGUCGCAUGAAGUACUCGAGCGUUCUUUGUGGGGGUCGACAGGCUGCCUGGUCGGCCGCGUGCUGCCCGGCGGUCUCGCGCAGGAGACGAGGGACGUGUACGUGUACGAGCUCAGCCGCGGCCAGCAGUUCGUCCUGCACAACAUCGGCACGCGCUCGGCCUUCGUCCACCUCGCUCCGGCCGCGCCGGCCCGGGCACGUUGAGCGACGACGCGGCAGAGUCGUCCGUCGGCAAGAUCAUCCCUGACAAGUUUGUCAUCGCACCGAAGGACUUCCAGACAGUGGUUUUUUACGAAUGAUUACUCGUCGAAGAAGCAGAGGCUGCAAUCGUCGUGAGCUACGG